CCAGCUCGACAAGCCGUGGCGGACGGAUGCUUCCAAGAGCAAAGUCUGACAUGAGUGCAACACCGGCGAGUGCGACGGACAGGAACAAUGCGAGCGACACGAUGAGCCCCCCAAACGACGAGGGCACCGGCCAGAAGCGCAAGAGCGAGGAUGGUGGAGCUCCGCAGACGAGGGCGAAGCGCAACCGCUACAUCUCCAUCGCAUGCAAUGAGUGCAAGCGGCGCAAGAUCAAGUGCAACGGGCAGACUCCCUGCCAGCGCUGCGGCAACCUCAACCUCGAGUGUCUGUAUGCGCCCAACUGCUGCAACAACUUCAAGGAGUCCGACGAGUUCCGUUCCAUGUCGGCGCACAUCGCAUCGCUCCAGCAGCAGGUCGACGACCUCUUCCAGAACCUCCACGCCCUGAGGUCGCACGUCGACAUGCAGGGCCACAGCAACGGCUCGGCUGGCGCGCCCUUCCACCACCAAGACUACCACCAGCCGCCCAUGCUCCCGCCCGUGUCAUCGCGCCUGCGCACCAAGUCGCUCAGCAAGCACCCGCGCUUCCACGGCCCCACGUCGAGCGCAUUCAAUCUCGGAGUCGCCAGGUCGAGCCUGAAGACCAUGGGCAUAACGGCGACGGAAGAGGCAGAGGACGAGGCUAUGGCGACAAACGAGUGCUCGCCGCAGCCAUCUCCGCCCACACUCAACGCCAUCCUAGCCAAGAGCCCUAUGCACAUCGACAAGGAUCCCAUAUGGUCCCUCUCCAAGCGCGAGGCGCUGCGAUUGGUACAUGUGUGGCACGAGGAACAGGGCAUCAUGUAUCCUGUCGUUGACAUCGACAAGCUGCUGCGCUACACCGACAUGCUGUUCACUUUUGUUGAGGCUGCAGCGAGAACUGGGCUCAUGCAGGGCAUGAAACCAGGCUCAGACGCGAUAAUGGACGAGCAGACCAGCGUCUUGAAAAUUAUACUCGCAAUCGCACUGGUUCAGGAGGGAACGGGCAAGGAUGCGCUUGGAGAAAGACUCUUCGAAAACGCAAACAUGGCUGUGAUAAAAACACUAACCGAUCGUGUGAGCCUUCACGGCAUCAACCUGCUGGUUUUAGCUGCCAUGUACUAUUUUACCAUAGACGAUGAAGCACUCUCCUGGCGAGUAAUUGGCACAGCUGCGCGACACUGCCUGGAACUCGGCCUUCAUCGUCGUGAGACCUAUGCUACCCUCUUCCCAGAUCCAGACGAACAGGCAGCGGCUAUUCGAACCUUCUGGUCUGUCUACGUUCUCGACCGACGCUGGAGUUUUGGGACUGGAAUGCCCUUUGCUUUGCAAGACGCCGACAUCGACCCUAAUGUUCCAAAGCCGGAUGUCGUGACACAUGCAUCUACACCCUAUCUGAAUUCGAUGAUCUCUUAUAGCAUAAUCGGGUCGAAAGUGUGGAGGUCGGUUGCUGAUGUCGCGUCUCAGGACAAAAUUCACAAAGAAGAUAUACAAUUCCUGGAUUUCCAGGUGCUGAAUUGGCACCGAUCAAUACCGGAUACUUUGAAGUUUGUGCAUCCUGAUAGUGGCAGACAGAUGGAACCCCCGGCGCGCGUACUUCAUCGUCUCCAAGUCGUUCUCUACCUCCGAGCGAACCAGAUGCGCAUACUCAUUUACCGACCAGUUCUGCAUACAUCGACGACUAUACUGGAGCACCUGGAUUUUGCGCAUGUAGUUGUGAAGGUGGCCAAGGAUACGAUACGAAUCUUGACAUAUAUCAACCAGACAUCGGAUAUAUACAGAUGUCAGCAAACCAUGUUUAAUUACUUUCUCAUAUCCGCGCUGGCGGUACUUUUCCUCGCGGUAGCUCACGCACCAGUCGAGUUCAGCCAACAGUGCCGUGAUGAGUUCUACAUGGCUCUCGACCUUGUCCGCGUACUCUCUUCAAACUCACACGUCUCGAAGCGACUGUGGAAGACGAUCAAGACGCUCAAGGAGGUGGGGCCAAGACUCGGGUUGAUGGUCAGCCACGACGAUGCGACGGAUGCGCAUUCAUCUGCGGCUGUAGCCAUGGCGGGACUGGCGGGUCACCAGGUCGACGAGCUUGCACUCUUCUCGAAUGGUCGCAAUGGGCUCAACCUGGAUACACCCAACGGCAUGGCGUCGGAUCUCACGACACUGUUUGAAGCUGCUGGGGGCGCGUUCAAUUUGAACGGGUUUGGACUGUCGUCGGCUGACGUGCCGCAUGGGGAGUACGCGACCGCAUUUGGGCAGGAGAACGAUGAGCUGGCAAGGAUCAUGCGGGAUCUGUUUUGAAGCGACAGGUGCUGUGAGGAUGUGCUGUAGAUUAGCCGACUAUACCCUUUCGAGCAAUCGAGCGAG